AUGAGGCGUUCACGGCUGAACACGCAGCAGCAGCAGCAGCAGCAGCAGCAGCAGCAGCAGCAGCAGCAGCAGCAGCAGCAGCAUUUUAUUUUAUUUUGCUGCUCAGUGGAAUACGAAGCAGGAGACGGCUCGCGGGAAAAGCGGCGCAGCAAUUUGUACGAGUUCAUAGAAGGCGCUUUCGUGAAGAAGAUUAUGGGCGAGAGGCAGACCUUCUGGUACUCGGGUUGGACGCACGUGAAUUCGGUGAAGUCCUUUUACGAAGAAGAGAAGACAGUAUUUGCUGCGCGGAAAGAAACUUAUUUUUUGUCUUGGGCGCGGGAGAACCGAGCUCUGCUUUGCGCAGAAAUCUACCCGCUGCUGAGUCGCAUGACGAAGAAGAAGAACGAGCCAAAUGUGUAUGUGCUGGACAGAACUUCGGAGUUUCUCUUCUUCGAAAUCAUCAAAAAACGCAUCCUGGUUGCCGGAGCUAGAACAGCAGUUGUGAUGAACCACAUUUUGCAGGUUCGCGGCCUCGACGAGGGGCUCGGCCAGCUCCGCGCGGGCAGCGGAAUGCAAGACGUCCAAGAAACGGCGGACGCGCGGCCCCCCGCCCACGGCGAAAGCUACGUUUAUUUGCGCAACUUUUUGAUCAACUUUUCCAUUUUUAUUCUCGUGGUUUUGUUUUUCGUUUACAUUUCGCGCUUUUACCGCAGCACGCCUUCGCCGGCGCCGCUGGCCGCGCGCUCGGCCAAGGCCGCCGACCAGACGGAGCUCAUGCAGGCCAAGGCCAACUGA